UGGCCACAACUUGAAUUUUCUGCCUCACCUUUUAUGUUUUCCCAGGUAGACCCAUCCAAACACACAAAGACACAGUCACAGAUUUUCAGUUUCAGUUGAACCAUUCUUCAAAUUGGACUUGGUCGAACGGAGGGUAUUUUCAUAGUCUGAAAAGCUAUUCUAGUUCAUACUCUGUUUUUCUGUUCUUAAAUAGGUAGAGAGGGUUUCCCCAAAAGAACCAUGGCUGGGACUCUUAAAAAGUGCAUGAUGCUAUGUUGUACAAGCAAGGUCUCGGUGAAACAAGAAGACAUGGCAACUACUGAGUCAUACGAGGAGGCCAUAGCAGGGCUCACGAGGCUUCUCAGUGACAAAGCUGAUCUCGGGACUGUCGCCGCCGCCAAGAUCAAGCAGAUAACAGCGGAGUUGGAGAAGUCCGAUUCGAACCAGUUUGACCCGGUUGAUAGGAUCAAAACCGGGUUCAUCCACUUUAAGAAAGAGAAAUUUGAGAAGAAUCCUGAGUUGUACGGUGAACUUGCCACAGGCCAAAAGCCCAAGUUUAUGGUAUUUGCAUGCUCAGACUCUCGGGUUUGCCCCUCACAUAUCCUGAAUUUCCAACCUGGGGAGGCCUUUAUGAUACGAAAUAUCGCCAACAUGGUCCCACCAUUUGACAAGACAAAAUAUUCAGGAGUGGGGGCUGCUAUCGAAUAUGCAGUACAUCAUCUGAAGGUGGAACAUAUUGUGGUCAUUGGACACAGCUGUUGUGGUGGUAUAAAGGGGCUCAUGUCUAUCCCAGAUGAUGGGGCCACUGCUAGUGAUUUCAUAGAGCAUUGGGUCCAAAUCUGCUCACCUGCAAAGGCCAAGGUUAAGGCAGAAUACAGUGGGUUAAGUUUCUCGGAGCAGUGCACCAACUGCGAGAAGGAGGCUGUGAAUGUUUCACUGGGAAACCUAUUGACAUAUCCAUUUGUGAGAGAUGGUUUGGUGAAGAAAACACUAGCUUUGAAGGGUGCCCACUAUGAUUUUGUUAAGGGAACAUUUGAUCUCUGGGAUCUGGACUUCAAAAUUUCACCCUCUAUAUCUGUGUGAGCAUUUGGUACUUUCAAUUGUCAUGAAGCCUAACUAGCUCAUAUCUACAGUGCAUGUUGUAUAUUAUAUUAUAAACAACAUUUUGUAAAAUAAUAAAGUAUUCUAUGUGGCUGGUGUCUCUUGUUUGAAUAAUAUAGUUAUCUCUUAUUUAUAA